CUUCAGUGUCCAUCUCGUCGAUUCUCCUACCUCAAUUCAUCCCACCCAGCAGCAACCAUGGCACCGAAAAUCGCUAUCGUCUUUUACUCCACCUGGGGCCACGUCCAACAGCUCGCUGAGGCCGAGGCCGAGGGCAUCAAGGCCGCUGGCGGCACUGUCGACUUGUACCGUGUGCCAGAGACUCUCCCACAAGAAGUCUUGACCAAAAUGUACGCUCCAGAGAAGGACAGCAAGAUCCCAACCCUCGAGAGUCCAUCCCAGCUCGAGCAGUACGAUGCUUUCCUCUUCGGAAUCCCCACCCGAUACGGAAAUUUCCCGGCUCAAUGGAAAGCUUUCUGGGACUCGACUGGAGGUCAAUGGCAGAGUGGAGCCUUUUGGGGCAAGUACGCGGGUCUCUUCGUCUCGACCGCGACUCUAGGUGGAGGGCAGGAAUCCACAGCUUUGAACGCCAUGAGCACCCUCACUCACCACGGCUUCAUCUUCGUGCCCCUCGGCUACAAAACCACCUUCGCGCUCCAAGCCGACCUUUCAGAAGUGCGUGGCGGUAGCCCUUGGGGAGCAGGAACCUUUUCUGCUUCUGACGGCUCUCGUCAGCCCUCGAAGAAGGAGCUUGAGCUCGCUACUGCUCAAGGCAAGGCUUUCUAUGAGGCUGUCGCUAAGGUCAACUUCGCGUGACUAGAUGGCAGUAAGAAAGAAACACAAGGCGCAGCGAGUGGUGGACAAGAAAAUGGAACUACAACAGCAACGGCGGUGGAUAGUAAGAAGCCGACAACAAGUUCCUCUGCGCCUCAAGCACAAAAUGGCAAGGAUGAGAGUAGCAAGGGACCUUGCGGCUUGCCUUUCAAAUGCACGGUUGCUUAGAAGAAGAAGAAGAAGAUGUCGUUACGAGAUACCACAUAAUUCACGAAUUGAUUAUCUUUGUAUUCCUCUCCUAACUCGAGG